AUGGCAACGAGCCAUGAUUCUCUGCUACAAGACCUGCCAGGCGUUAAGUGCAUGAUCGAUGACAUCAUCGUCACUGGCCGCACACCGGAGGACCACCUCAACACGCUGAUGAAGGUGCUCCAACGUCUCGCUUAUGCGGGCCUCAAACUCAACCUGGCCAAAUGCCACUUCUUUCAGCCGAAAGUGGAAUAUUGCGACCACGCCAUCAGCGCACAAGGCCUGCAUACGAUGCCGAGCAAGGUUGAUGCAAUUGUGAUGCUCCACCGCCGGAGAACGUGCCGCAAGUACGCAGUUUUCUGGGGCUCAUCACCUACUAUCACGGACCACCAGCCGUUGGUAUCAAUCUUCCACCCGAGGAAAGGCCUGCCUGCUAUGACCGUAGCACGUCUUCAAUGCUAUGCGAUGUUCCUGGCCGGACAUGACUACACGAUCAUGUACCGCCAAGCAGACAAGCAUUGCAACGCCGACGGAUUGUCACGCCUGCCAGUAGGAAAUCCUCCGGCACCAGAUACGGCAGAGAAAGCGGUCAACAUGUUCUACAUGGACCAAUGCGAACCACUCCCAGUGACAGUGGAGCAGAUCAAGGAGGCAACAGCCAGCGACCCGCUAUUGCCAGAGGUCCAUCGCUAUGUGCUCCAAGGUUGGCCGAAGUCGGGCCCAAGAGCAGAGCUACAGCAGUACUUCCAACGCCGCAACGAGCUUAGCGUUAGCAACGAGUGCUUGCUAUGGGGCAAUCGCGUCAUCAUUCCGCCGGACCACCGGAAAGCUGUCCUGACAGAGCUUCAUGAAGGCCAUCCAGGAAUGGUACGAAUGAAGGCGUUGGCCGAGAAGCAUCCUCUGGUGGCCGGGCUUGGACGGCGACAUAGCAGACGCAGUCAAAGCAUGCCUCGGAUGCCAAAGUGUCCAGAGCGAACCUGCUGCAGCACCAGUGCACCGAUGGAGCAUGCCACGUCAGGCGAAAUAGCACGUCAUAAGUUUGCCGAGUUCCUCGCCUCGAACGGCAUCGCUCACAGACGCUCAGCGCCGUAUCAUCCAGCGACGAACGGCCAAGAUGAAAGGUUCGUCCAGACCUUUAAACGGGCAAUCCAGGCAGUACCACUGUCAACGCCUGCACAGAUUGCUGCUGACCGGUUCUUGAUGAGCUACCGCCGAGGAGUCCAUCCGGCUACAAACGCAACGCCUGCGAAGCUGUUCCUAGGCCGUCAGCUACGAUCAUGUCUGGAUUUGUUGCGACCGUCGACGGCACAACAGAAUGCCAAGACGCCCACCGAAGAGCCUGCUGGCAAGGCACGAUCCUUCGAGGUUGGAGGCGCCGUUCUAGCACCCGAUUACCGGAACGCCAACCAUCCCGGAUGGAUUCCAGCGACCAUAGUCGAGAAGCUUGGGUCUCGUACGUACAUGAUUGUCACCAGCCAAGGCGCACAGUGGAAGCGACACCCGGAUCAGCUACGUGCGGGACACCCGUCCUUCCUAGUUGAUGAGCCGACACGAUCUGUGGCUGCACCGUGUCUCCCUCCAGCACAGCACCCGAUCGCAGCAGAAGCACCCGAGCCUGAGCCGGCUGCAGUGCCACAACAGCACGAGGCUGACGCUACCGAAGCCUCACCGACUCCGACUCUACGCCGAUCGCUGCGGACACGCAAGCCAGUGUCUCGCUUGGGCCUGUAG